AUGUUGGCUGGUAUUGCACGCCUAACGGCAUUGGGGCUUUGUCGUAGCUUCUUACCCAGGGGAUUCCAACGGCAAAAUUCUUUUAUCUUUACAUUGAGCUAUCCUCGACGCAACUUACAUUUGUCAAAAUGGCGAGCGGCUUCAGAAAAUGCCAUUAAGACACUUGGUUACGAUAUAAACAUCCGUCACAACCCACCUCAAGGGUUCUUCAUACGAGAAGCUACAUUUGUCGAUAUUGAAGAAAUCACUGAUCUAUGGUUCAAAUCAUUCAAUGACCGAAGGUACAUCUCAUCCAAAUUUUUUGAUGUUGCUAUGCCCGAAAGCCAAGCUACUCGUGACUUCUUGCGUGAUCUGCUCUCGAUGUCAAUCCGGGUUGGUCCAUCAAAACUGGUAACUCACGUCGUCGAAGACCUAUCGAAUGACGGCAAGAUAGUUGCUUGUGGACAGUUUUCACCUCCACAACCGGAUGGCCCAGUAGAUUUACCCUUUCCACAGUUUCCGAAGGAGUGGGACCCUGAGAUCGCAGAUGCUCUCUGGGGUAAAAAGUCGGAUUCUAGAGCUUUGUUAUUGGGGAAACAACCGCAUUGGUGGGGGAUAUUUGUGUUAGUUGACACAGAAUACCAACGAAAAGGUCUUGCAUUCCCACUGAUGGAUUGGGCUUGUCAUCAAGCGGACGCAACGGGUACGCCAAUGUAUGGUAUUGGCACUCCGAUGGGGUAUCCUUACUGGAAAAAACACUUUGGGUUUCGAGAACGAAAGAUGUUAGACUUUCCGGUACGUCCCGAAACAUAUGGGGUAUACUACAUGGUAUCGAUCGUCCGGCCUCCGAGGGUAGCUGGCACUAGCUCCAUAGUUCAAGUUUGA